ACCGAUAAUAGGACUUGUGAUAGUUUAAGUUUAUAUAUAUUUUUUCGGAAACCUUUGAUAAAUGUUUAAUCGUGACGAAUCCUUAUUGGUGGAUUUCGACCUAUCCAGCAUUUACCUCCUGACAAAAUCGGUGAUUGGCUGAACGGGUCGCGUAUUGCAAAAUAUUUUCACAAGAGGUGUCAAAAUUUAAUACCUGUUUAGUAUUAUGUAUUUUUAGCAGCAAGGAGUAUGUGUUCUAGAACUGCAGGUGAUUGGAGGUUAGUGCGUUAAAAUAAUGAUUGUGCGUAGGUGAUUUAUAAGCGUUGGAAGACAACCUUGAUCUAGGCUUAUGUCCAGGAAAACAACAAGUACGAAUCGCUCCCUAGAUAACCUUUCUAUUUGAUAAAAAUGAAUAGAACUUUGCGGAUAGUAUUAGCAGGAGAUUUCUCAUCGUUAUGGCUUAGUUAAUUGGCAUAAUCUGGUGUGUUCUUGUCGAAGAAUGUCGGACCUAAGAAGUACUUCUGCUGUUUUGUGGAAACCAGUGGACGUACCGCAGUCUCUGCAGGAUGGAGAGAAAUUCGUCAAAUGGGACGAGGAUUCCGGCGUGGGAACUUUGGUGACGCUGAGAGUCGACGCUCACGGCUUCUACCUGCACUGGGUCGACCAGAACAAGGAAAUGGAAAUCUUGGACAUAGCUACGAUCAGGGACAGUCGGACUGGAAGGUUUGCAAAAAUUCCAAAAGAUCAGAAACUGAAGCAGAUUGUAUCGAUGGGUUGUUCUCAAGACACAUUAGAAGAAAAGACUGUCACAAUAUGCUAUGGCUCAGAUUUUGUGAACCUGGCAUUUGUAAAUUUCUGUUGUAAGAAAAAGGAAAUUGCACAGCUGUGGACGGAGGAGAUCCUGAAGCUGGCGUACAACCUGUCCCAGUCGAACUGCUCGGCCAGCAUGCUGCUCUGCAAGGCGCACACCAAGCUCUGCCUGGCGACCGACAAGACUGGCAAGAUUCCAGUCAAAAAUAUUACAAAGAUGUUUGCUCAAAACAAAGAAGACAGAAGAAGGGUGGAAAAGGCAUUGGACAGUUCUGGGUUACCGUCGGGCAAGAAUGAAGUACUCAAUCCACCAAAGUUCCAAUUUGAAGAGUUUUUCAAUUUCUACAAAAAUCUCACACAAAGGACUGAAGUUGAGAAAGUCUUCGAAGAAUUGUGUGGCACCUCGAAACGUAGACUAAUGACAGCCGCACAGCUCGUGGACUUCCUCAACAAAACGCAGAGAGAUCCAAGACUAAAUGAAAUUUUAUAUCCGUAUGCUAAUACGACUCGAGCAAAAGAUCUCAUUCAACAGUAUGAACCCAACAAGUACAAUGCUCAGAAAGGUCAGCUUAGCUUCGAUGGCUUCCUGCACUACCUGAUGAGCGAAGACAAUCCCGUCAUGUCACCGUCCAUGUCAGAGCUGUCACACGACAUGGACCAGCCCCUCCCCCACUACUUCAUUAAUUCUUCGCACAACACAUAUCUCACAGGCCACCAGAUCACGGGCAAGUCGGCCGUGGAGAUGUACCGACAGUGUCUGCUGGCGGGCUGUCGCUGCGUGGAGCUGGACUUCUGGAACGGCCGCACGGAGGAGCCCAUCAUAGUGCACGGCUACACGUUCGUGCCGGAGAUAUCUGCCAAGGAUGUAAUAGAGGCAAUUGCAGAAACAGCAUUCAAAACUUCAGACUUCCCAGUGAUCUUAUCUUUUGAGAAUCACUGCAACCCAAGACAGCAAGCGAAGAUUGCUCAGUACUGCAGGGAGAUCUUCGGAGACAUGCUGCUAAAUAUACCCUUGGAGACCCACAAGCUGGAGCCGGGCUCCCCCCUGCCCCCGCCCAGCCUGCUGAAGCGCAAGAUCAUCAUCAAGAACAAGAAGAAGCACCACCACCACGGCAGCAAGAGCGUGUCGUCGGGCAACAGCAGCUCGCAGUCCAGCCUGCAGCAGGAGGGGGGGGAGGCGGCGCAGGGCAACGGGGACGUGCCCCGGUCGCGUCCGCCCAGCAGGGAGAGCGCGCGCCACGACGACGACGACGAGGACGAGGACUCCAGCAGCGGGGAGGAGCCGGAGGAGGACGUGACGGACGUGACUGACGUGACCAAGCAGGACAAGGCCGCGGCAGACAAGGUGGUCAAGGAGACUGAAGCGGGCGCCGAGAUCUCCGCGCUCGUCAACUACGUGCAGCCCGUGCACUUCAACUCCUUUGAAAACUCGGAAAAGAAGAACAGGUACUACGAGAUGUCAUCGUUCGACGAGAAGCAAGCCACUCAGCUGCUGAAGGAGCAGCCCAUAGAGUUCGUGAACUACAACAAGCACCAGCUGAGCCGUGUGUACCCCGGGGGAACGCGCUUCGACUCGUCCAACUUCAUGCCCCAGGUGUUCUGGAACGCUGGCUGCCAGUUGGUGGCUCUCAACUACCAGACACUCGACCUGGCGAUGAUGCUGAACCUGGGCAUAUUCGAGUACAACCUGCGCAGCGGCUACUUGCUGAAGCCGGAGUUCAUGCGCCGCAAGGACCGCCGCCUGGACCCCUUCGCGGAGUCCACGGUGGACGGCAUCAUCGCGGGCAGCGUGACGGUGCAGGUGAUCUCGGGCCAGUUCCUCACGGACAAGCGGGUGGGCACAUACGUGGAGGUGGACAUGUACGGGCUGCCGGCCGACACGGUGCGGCGCAGGUUCCGCACCAGGAUCGUUCCCGGCAACGCCAUCAACCCCGUCUUCAACGAGGACCCCUUCGUCUUCAAGAAGGUGGUGUUGCCAGAACUGGCGAGCUUGCGAGUGGCAGCCUACGAGGAGUCAGGUCGCCUGAUCGGGCACCGCGUGCUGCCGGUGGUGGGCCUGUGUCCCGGCUACAGACACGUGGUGCUGAAGACGGAGUCGGGCCAGCCACUGCCCCUGGCGACGCUCUUCGUGCUGAUCGUGGUGAAGGACUACGUGCCGGACGACCUCUCCGUCCUGGCCGAGGCGCUGGCCAACCCCAUCAAGUACCAGUCGGAGCUGGAGAAGAGAGCCCAGCAGCUGGCCGUCUUCACCGACGACGUGGAUGUGGAAUGCAACAAGGUGCAGCCGCCGCCCGCCGCGGGGGUGAAGAAGGUGUCCGUGCCGGACCUGCCCCCGGCGAGCCAGGCCUCCGUCAGCCCGGGCCAGAGGACCGCACGGAGCGCCAGCACGGACCCCGAGCCCGGCGCGGAGCAGGACCCCGGCGGCACGGCGCCCGUGUCGCAGCCGCCCGCCGGCAAGCAGGCUCCGGGCACGGUCGUCCCAGCGGUGAGCGAGGAUCUGGUCGCGGAGCCGCUGGAGAGGUUCCUGGAGAGCAAGACUGUGAAGGAGAAGAGGCUGGAGCUGGAGAAGAAGCUGGAGUCUCUCCGCAAGAAGCACUUGAAGGAGCGUUCAGCGUUCGCGGAGCCGGACAAGUGUCGGUCCAAGUUCUACAUCGGCCAGAUCAGACGCAGGAAGAGAUCCUCCAAUCAGCUGGAGGUGGGGCCCAUGGUGGCAGCGCCAGCGGACGACUCUGCCUCGGAGAGCGUGGAGGGGGAGGCGCCCCCAGCGAGACCCGGCCUGCCUCGCAGCCAGUCGGGGCGGCUGCUGGCGGCGUGCAAGGAGCACGUCCUGCAGGAGAAGGAGUUGCAGGAGAAGUACCACGACAUGAUCUUCUCGUCGGUGGAGAAGCUGAUGAAGUUGUCGCAGUCCAGUCAGCUGAAGACGCUGCAGGCGGAGCUGCACAGAGAGAAGGAGGACAUGAUGCGCCGGUUGCAGGCGAUGCGGCGUGACGAGAUAAAGACUCGCUCAAAGGUGCACCGCGACAGAGAUGAGAUGGUGCGCAUCAAGCGAGAGGUGGACAGUGCCAUGGUGGAGAAGGGUGUUCACGAGCGAGUACGGCUGACGGAGAUGUACGACAGGCGCAGAUACGACUUGGAGAGACAGCACAACGAAGUGCAGCAGGCUUUGGAAGAGGUUCGAAAGGAGGCGUGGGCAGCGCUCGCGCGGGAGUACGAGGGACGCUACGCUCGAGUGGAGGAGGACUUGCAGGGCGUGGCAUCGGACGUUCCUGUCACCCAAUAGCCAGUACCUUGUUCAGCAUCAAGCCAAAGAUGUUUGUGUCACGCUUACCUUCUGCAUAUUGGAAGUUUGGUAGCAGUCAUCUGACAGGUGACGUAACUACUCUGUUCACCCAGUAUUAUAGUGCAGACACUAUCAAGAACAUAGUGAGUGCUGUAGACUGUAGUUCGUAAACUCACUCUGGUAGCAUGCAGAUUCCUACUUAUCUCCACUUCUUCCGUGAAUUACGUACUUCAGACACAUCAAGAAUCUGCUGUCAGAACAUGAAACGGACAAUCAGUUUUGCUGUUUUAUAGUAUUUUGAGUGAAUAUAGGUAAAAAUCAUAACUUGACAUGUAUACGGUAUUCUGAGAAGGUCACCAGUGCAGUACAUUAUGUAAAUCAAUUCAAGGAAACAAAAUGCUAAUGAAUUUGGGUUGCCAACAUGCGUUGUCACGAAUAUUAAAGUACCUAUUUUUUUUAAUUUUAAGUCACGUGAUCUUUCAUGCUUGUUGUGCAAUAGCAAGAUUACGGUAAAAAUGAAGUUGUGUUCAUGAAUACAUCAGGCAGUUGCUUGUUCUUUGCAUUUCACAUUGUAGUUGGUUUUCUGUUAGCACAUUUUGUUAUGGUUGACAGAGUAAACGUUUACACAAGUUGGCUUAUUUAAGAAGAAGUUAUUGAAUUGUGAAAGAUUUUUUUCACUAACGGGUUAGUGAAUUUUUUUACGUAAGUUGGUAAUGCUUAUUUUUAAGUGUACUGUUUUAGAGGUUGAGGUUAUGAAGUUGAACAGUUUGCACAAAGGGGCCCGCCGAGCCAGGCGUGUGUUUGUGCCGUGAAUGCGAUGCUGCAGUGCAGUGCGGCCUCCAAGAGCCAGGUUGUGGACUGACGAGCGAUCUUUUUUUGUCCAUAGGGCAACUAUUGGAUUUCAGAGUUAAUCAUAACGGUAUAUGGUGGAGAAAGUUCUGUGAGUACUUUGAAUAAUCUGUCCUGGAUGUUUCGUUAUUUAAAAUUAUUCUAAAACAUUUUUAGCAGGUUUCACUCUUAUAAAAAUAAAGUUUAGAAACGAAACCUGGAAACAGAACUAGUUAUCCACCCUCAGCGUACUCUUGAAUGCUCUCGGCAAACAGACAUCACUCUGACAUCCGGAGCAGCUUUCACUUGCGUGGUGUCCCGUGAAGCACCGCAUGUCCGCGGGUUGGCGGGCCUCAACAGUUCAGGGAGAUAAGAAAGCAAGUGUUCAUAUUAUCACUUUGACCACCUUGGUAUUUAUUAUUUUAAAGAUAGUGAAUUAUAUUUAUAUAUUUAAAGAAAGUGUUUGUAUUUGUACAUUUAAAAAAAAAAGGGUUUUCAUAUUUGUAUGAUAAAACAAGUGUUAUUUUUUAUUCAGAGUAUGUCGUAGUUUUGGGUUUAGUAGUUCCUUGUUGACUUCAUGUGAUGGUUACUGCAUGUAAUAUUUUUUUUUUUUACCUCAAUGUUUAUUAUCUUUUAACUAUUGUUUAUAAGGUAACUGAUAAAACAGGACUGUUUAAAAUUGUUAAAGAAAAGUUUAUAAAUACCCAUUGGGUACAACAUACAUGUUUGAUAAUAUUGAGAUGGAUAUUAAAGGAGAAACACUAGAAAACUCUCACAUAGAACCCCAUAAAUUUGAUCAGAAACAGUUGAGUGUUCCAACACUACGGAAUGCGUACCACACAGUAGAGUUGUUUACUCCUGAGGAAGGCCAUUACGUGAUUAAAAAUAUGAGGUUUUUAUUAUUUUAUAAUUUUGAAAGUGCUUUCUCCUUUAAUGUCUGUCCUUGUAUUAUCACACUAAAACGUCCCACUGCUUGCGUCUGGUUCCGAAUGUACUGUCCUGGCCUCCUAGUUGGGGAUGUGCGAUAUUGUAAAUAACCUAUCUUUAGUGGACAAAGUAAAUAUUAAGAAAUUAUGAAGACAAUCAACAUUGUAAAGUAGAGGCUGUGUGUGUUGUGUAUCGUAGAGGCAACAAUACACAGUAGCAAUGUGUACAGAUUUAAUUUAGUCCAUUUUUGAGAUUCAUGUGCUGACAUUCGUAGUUGUUGUUGUUUGUUGUGUUGGCAGUACAAAUAUGCAAUUAAUUGAACAUUAUCUUCUUUCUAUUUAUAAUGAAAAUAUUUAAAAUAUUUUCUUCUUUGAACUUGGUGUUUCAAGUACAUUGAAAUUCAUCAGUACUGUUAUUUGGCCUGUUUGAAGCGUGCUGUUAAUAACUGAACAGUGGUUAGAGGCAAGGAAGUGUCGUGGACUCACUCGGAGCCGGCUGAUCCUCCGAGUUGUGCUGACCGCUCCCCUCGGCUAGAGACGGCGGCUGUCUGCGACAUUCCUGCCUCUGCGACUGUUCCUUCGACUUCCCUGCUUUGGCAGCACAAUUCAUUGUAACUUUUAGAAGUACUUUUAUGUUGUUCACCACUAAAUUUUUUAACUUUUUUGGUUAUAACAUCCUGCUUAGGAUCAAUUGAAAAGAUUUGACUUGUGGCUACUCCAAUAAUAGUAAAAUAGUACCUGAUUUUAAAUUAGAGAAGAGGCAGAUUCCUUUCCUGCUCCUUUCUGGUGGUUUGCAACCAAGACUGCAGAUUCCAUCUGCUAUACUGUUACAGGGUUGAAUAAUAAUAUUCACACUUAAAUAAACUUAAAGGGAAUGCUUUAUUAGGUUUUAUUACUAAUAGGUAUUAUUUUUUUUGGUUUUAACUUUACCUAUUGAGGAUGAAAAUUUCCUUUAACUUAAGUAUAUUUUAUAUCAUCUAAGUGAAGUGAAUACAGUUUUCAUACACCGAAAAGUUAACUUAAAAUUUUAACCGCUGUGUCUGGCUAAAUGACAGUUUUAAGUGUUUUCUGCAUCAUAAUGUUCACAAAUAAAAUAUAAGCCUUUAAGCUUCAAUUAUGGAUUGACAGCAGAUGUAGACAACUACUAUCUUUUCUAUGGUUUUUCAUACUUGAGCAAGGACGAAAUCUCGAGACCAGAUGAAAGGUUUUGGAAAAUGUUGUAAUGAACGCAGUGACUCCAUAUCUCUGGUAAGGUUAAAAUGGGACAACUUAAAGCUUAUAUAGGUCUACUAAAUUGCUGGAAAAUUUACGGGCUACAUACGCAUUGCGUCACAGUAAAAAAUAAAAAAAAAAUCUGCAAAUAGCAUGCCGUAUGCGGAGAAAGGUCAAAAUUUUGAUCGAAAAUAGAUCAGCAUAAUAUAUAGACACGGCAGGUGAUUUCCCGUGGCAGCAGGACACGGCAACGGCAAUUCAUUUCCCGCGGCAGCGGUGGGAAAAAUUGUGGGGGGGGAGGGGGGAUAGCCACAAAUGGACGUAAUUUGGCCUCGCUGUUUCGUACGUACAACUCUGUUGUAAGGACAAAUUUCGGUGAACCAUGAGUGUACGUAGAAUCGAGGUUUCACUGUAUUAAUUUAUGGCAUUCAACUCAGUGUGAAAACGAUAGUCAAACAUCUGUUAAAAAUAUCAGAACUUUAGAAUAAAAAUAAAGUGUAAUAAACGUAGAAUCCAAAACUGGCUAUGAAUCCAUAUCAAAAAAUUAUGAUAUGUAAAAUAUAGUCAAAAUACGUGAUAAAUUUCAAUUUGCUGCUGUCGUACUCCGAGAAAAUAUCAAGGUGAAAUAUUACAUAGCCGAAAUUGACAUGACUAUUUUCUAAAAGAUAAAUACGGCGAGACCGUUUACGAACCGCCGAUAGAUCAUCAGGAAAGUCAACAACUGGUUCAGAUAGGUACUCUUCUUUCAAUACAGGACAAUACGAUUGUACGCAAGUAGUCUUAUAAGAAUUAAUGCUGCAGAAAAUAAUUCUUUUUUCAGUUGCAUAAAAUUAUAAAACCUUAUCAAAAUUUCUUUGGUAAUAUAAAUGUAUAAAAAUUUAAUCUUACAAACAAGUAAUUUCUAUCGCUUUCAAAAUUGUUUUACCAAUUAAAGCAAAUAUUGAACCUUGGCUAGUAAUGAAUUGUCUCUCCUGAGCUAUUAUAACCAGGGAUCUUCCAAGUAGUUGACGCUCGGCUUUGGGACAUCGUGCCGGCCCGGGGUCCUUGGAGUGGUGACGAGCUAAUACGACCAACCACUCUCACCGGCUGGCGAUACACUGCAGGUUGUACAGCACUCGCAUCUGUAGUGUGCUAAACAACUGCAUCAGCCUAGUUUCUUCCUAUUUUAUAACUUUUGAACAAGUUUAGUUUAUCCUAGAAUGUAUUGUAGCUUAAUAGGGAUCUGAUUCCCAGGGGUCAAAUAUUUCAUUAGCUAAUAUUUUUUUUUUAAAAGAUUAGUUUAUAGUUGGUGUUUUUUACUAGUGCUACACACUAAAGAUGAAUGGAAUAGAAAUCACUAGUGUUUUUAGUAUUAUAGUUUUACAAAUGCUAGUUCUCGGUUUGGAAAAGAAGAAAAAAAACCUCUCUCUCAAGAAACUGAAUUCACAUAAUCAAAAUAUGUAGAAUGGUUUCAAACAUUUCAACUGUUUCCUGUUGUGUGGCACGCCGUCCGUGCUGUGACUGGCACGGAGACGCGAACCGCAGACUUCAGACCUCGAGCGUCUGUGCGGGGUCCACUCGGGAGUAGCCACAAGGUGUUCUUCAGUCGGAUCAAUGUUUCAUUUCAGUCGAGAGAUUACUGUUAGGUUGAAAGUUCUACUGUAUCAUAACGUUCAUAAUUUAAAUUUUGCAUAUAAAUUCUAAAUUUUAUUGUGAUUACGGACUCUAGUCUCUUGUAUAAAAUAGUACUUAAGUAUUUUACGUUGUUAAUAUUAAUAAAGUUUACUAUAUCUCAACUGGAACACUAUUGUGUGACUGACUGUAUAGUGUGUGCUGAUUGUGGAAGUAAAAUUAACUCCCAGUUUUGUGAUUCAAUGGUCAAAAUGUGUUGAGCUUGGCAAUUUUUUAAUGAUUGUCACAUCUUCAAUGUAUUGUGUUCACUCAUUGUAUUGCAGAUCAGUUAUGUGUGUCUUUUAAGCCUGUAAACAACUUUUAUUGCUCUAAAUAUGUGUAUUGACAUGUUCAAAUACUCAUUACUGAAUAUAAAUGUUUGUGGUUUUGUAAAGAUAAUUUUUGUGUCUUGUUCUAAAUGUCAAUAGUGAUGCCUGUACAAAAUAUAUAUUUUUCAAUCUUCACUUAUCAAUGUAGUAUCUUUAUCAUAAUUGUCAUAGUUUUCUUCAUUCAAUAUUUAAAAUUCUAUUCCUUAAGUAACUACAGUUCAGUAAUUUAAAACUUACCAACAUUUACUGCGAACAGAGUUACAAAGUUGUUGAAUAAUUCAUGUGGAGAUUUGUAGUUGUUUUUUGUUUGUUAUUAAACUUUAAAAUAUAUACUGGCAAACGAGUGUGAUAUAUAAUUGCCAGUUCAAAUUAGUCUCAAAAAAUCAUUUUUAGAGUAUUUGGGAUAUUGUUAGGAUUGUGAUAUUUCAAACAAUAGUUAUUUUGUAUUCUUAAUAAUUUGGUUUAUUUAGUAUAAUUCUUUUAAAUUAUUGCAAAUGUUUUUAACCUAAUGAAAGAUAAAAUGGAAAAAGUAUGUUUAAGAUAUUUUCUAUGAAGAAACAUCAUAUCAUAUUUUUGUACAUCAUUUCAAUUCACUAUUUAAAAUAAAGAAGUAAAAUUUAUUUCAGUGUUAUUGAUAUGAUUGUUAUUGAUAUAUAUAUAUUUUAAGUUUUGAUAUUUUGGUUUAACUGUACAGAAAUACAUGACUUAUUAGAAACAGUGUAACAUGAUAUGCUGUGGCCUGAAUACUGCAUGUGUGUGGAAAUAUUGGUAUAUUUGUUAUUGAUGUUGUUAUUGUUGAUAUUUAGAUAUACAUUGUAAAGGUGUUGUUAUUGGUGUACAUAUUUAGUAAUACAAAGACUAUGCAGUAAACCUGUAACUGAAUACUGUAGUCCAUGUUGUAAAAAAUAGGUGUGUGUUGGUACAAACUGAUAGUGUUUGAUCUUCUGACAAUUUUUCAUAUUUAAUGGGAAACAUAUUUUUUGAACAACUUAUAGUUAUAACUAAAAAAAAAACUUAAAAUUUUUUUGUAAGAUUUUAUUAAUAAGUAUUGCAAUACAUUUUUUUAAUUUUUGGCAUUUGUUUUUCUAUGCAUUUUGUUUUUAAUUCAACCGAACUUAUUGCAUAUAAAAAUAUUUUUCCUACCAGUAUUUGAAUAGGAAAAUUUGUGUCCUGACAGUAUAAAAACUUAAUUCUUGUUAAUAUGGUGGCAUUUUUACUUAGUAUCAUUAAGUUCAUAAAGUUUAAAAUAUAUAUUUUGUAUCAGUAAAGGCAAUAUGGUGGCAUUUUUACUUAGUAUCAUUAAGUUCAUAAAGUUUAAAAUAUACAUUUUGUAUCAGUAAAGGAAAUCUUUGUAAUCUUAGUUUUAAAAUUGUGUUGUUCAAAAAAAAAAUUUUAAACUUUCUUUGUGGCUUCAGUUUGUUAACUUGAGAUAUUAAUCUCUUUUUAUACACAUAAUUUUACGGGGUUCCAUGAAUAUUGAUAGCUUUAAUAACCAUUAGAUUCUCCCUUCUAGGUUUGUGAUUAAGUAGGUAUGUAAAUUGUUUUUGAAUGAAUUUUUUUUUGAUACCACCACUAAUAGCAUAACACACACACACACACACACACACAAGCGCGCACGUGCGCACACACACACACAUAUAAAUGCACAGACACACGCACACACGUGUAUAUGUAUAAGUAUGUAUUCGAAUAUAGGUUUGUAUACAGAGUGAGUCUGAAUUCGACGAACAAACUUUGUCUGCUGGUUCAUCAAGACAAAAUAAAAUGAAAACCUCCAUACGACUCCUGGUAUAAAACUCUUAAGUGCCUCCCAGGUCUGGUAUACAUCUUUGAAGUUGGAGCAGAACAUCAUUAUAAACAAUAGAGAAAGUAUUUAAGAUGGAGCGCUGAGUGUCUGGAGUAUGUUUAUUUAAAUGAUGUUCUCUAACCAUUGGGAAUUUUGUGGCCGUAGAAAAAUUACUUUCUUGAUCUGGUAACAUGUCACAAAAAUAUGUAAAAAAAAUAAAAGAUUUUACCUACUACUAAUUAAUUAAAUGAAAUAAUUUUGCUACAUCCACAAAAUUCACGGUGGUUGUAAAACAUUAUUUAGGUUCUCAGUGCUCCUUUUUAAAUGCUUUCUCUAUAUUUUUUUUUCAAUAAAAAUGUUUUCCGCCCCAACUUAGAAAACGUAUACUACACCUGGAAGGACUUUAGACCAUAAAUAGUAUAGAGGUCAUCAACUCAUUUUGUAAUUAUUAACCUGCAGGCAAAGUUUGUUGUUCAAAUUCAUUCUCACUGUGUAUAUGUGUAUUAAUUUGUAAAGGAUUGUUACAAAUUUGCAUGGCAUAAAUUUAGUGGGUGGUAGGGAAUGCCAACAGUAUCGUGCAAAUUUGAAUUUUGCGUCUUGACAUGUUUGGAGUUAGCCUUGCACACUCGGAAACGGUGGUCUGGUGAAAACCACCCUUCUUGUUCUGAAACUGCCGGAUCCAUGCAGUCGCUGGUUAGCCAUGUGAAGGUCUUCCUGUUGGGUACGUUUCUGUUGCUACUGCUGCGGUUCCUCUCGCUCCUCGUGCGCACGGGCCGUCUGCCGGUGCCGUGCCGUUACUGUAGUGGCAGCACCGCACGCACUCGCUCUGGUAGCCCCAGGUCCGUUCCACUGCCAGUAGCGCGUCGAGGCUGUCUCGCUACUGCACGGGGCUUUACAGAGCCUCAUCUUGCACCAAAUUAUCAGAUACUGCUAUCAAUACUAUUCUCUUUUUGUUUAAUACUCUCUUAAAUGACCAUACUAUUGAUAACAAUUCAAAAUAAAAUUAAACAUGGUACACUUCUGGAGAAAAAACAUUUUUGAGUAGCUUUGACUAUUCGUACUGUAAAAACAUGUGCGAUGCUAACUCGGCAUGUUAUAAAGAUGCGACACUGACCGCUUGUUUUAAACACAGCCAAGUAGCAUCAAAGAAUCAUUGAAACUGUUAGAAUAAAUUCAUUCGCGCUGGUAUGCCCAACUCAUGAAGCGAUGUAGAGCUUGCAUUAAGGCCGAUGGCAGACCGUUAGAAUGUGUACUUUAAUUUGAUGAAAUAAUUCCAUUGAAUGCUUUGCUUAUUUAUUUUUGAAUUUCACGUCUCGCCCUCUCAUGUCAGAAUCGCAGUGUGGUCUGGAUACGUGAGCCAAACAAAGUUUCAGCCAACGGCAGCCCUUACAAAAUUUUAGUGUCUGUAAAUUUCACUUAAAUAUACAAAUUAAACAUCUUUAAGUAUGACUUUCUGUUGUCGAAAAUGUUCUAACAUUUAAAUAUUUAUUGUGUGUGAAUUUUGAGCCUAAGCUCUCAAAUUUCUACAUUCUUAUUAAUCACCUUAAAAUAUGUCAAUGAGUUAUACUAUGAAAGUAUAGUCUUAUGUAGUGUAAACUCCAGUAUUUGGGAGGCAUCUAUCCUGGGUCUUUACAAACCUUCCUCCUUUUUCCGUUAUGACGUUAGUUGUUCAUUUAAACUGAGUGUAAGCCAUUGCUAUAACAACACCUUGUGUUCUAACAACAGCCUUGUGUUAGUAUUGGCUCGCUCAGCCCCUUUAAUUGUGAUAGCUUCCAUAAUACAUGUCAUGUAGUUCAAAUGCUUCUGUGAGCCAAAUAUAUAUUUUUUUUACCUUGUUCAUUUUCAUUGUGAGUCAUUUUGGAACAUUUUCAAAAUAUUUUUUUAAGAAAUUUAAGGCUGAUAUGGGCACUCAAGUAAAGUUUACAAUAUUAAAAAAAUUCUGUAGUGUGCAGAGUGCUAGGUUUUUUGCCCUACCAAUCCCAGCAAGACGGAGUAACUCGGCAAACAAUAGAUGCCCUGUCAGUUGCAAGGUGAAGGGUGAGUGUGUUGUCGUGUGAAGUUGGCAACGCUUGUCUGCAGACAGCUCCCGGGGGUUAUCUGCGUCGGAGUGCAGUGCCUGGUGUCGACACUAGGUACCGCGCUCGGUUGAGCUGUGUGUUGUGCGUCAUCCAUCCCAUUCCCGUCCAUCACGACUCCUGUCGGAACGAGCGGGCUGACUGUCAUCUUUCCUCCUACCUUGACUUUGUCCUUGGACACGUUCUGUGAUUAAACAUGCACACGCGUUGCGUCUCAUCACAAACAUAAUUUUUUUUUUCUUAAUGCAACACCACAAAGACAUUGUUAUUCUGUAAGUGAGCGAUCUGGUUCGUGCUUCUACGCUGCCGCAGACGGAGCGGUCCAAUGUCGCGCUUGGUGUUGUCUGUAGUUUCCCUGUGAGGCUGGCUUGUGCACAGUGCAUGGGAAGUGCACGCACAUGUCCUGAACUGUUCAUGUUCGGAUGUAAACUAAAUAUGUGGCAAAUGCUAGUUUCUCUUAUGUAGAAUCAGCAUAGAAAAUCAAUGAGCUUCAUUUUUCUAUUCUGUGACAGGUAAAUGUAUUUUGUAUUCUUACGGUUAUUGUUAUAAAAUUGCUAUCAGUUUGUGCAGAACAUGAUCCAUAUGAUACUGUUACUGUUAGUGAGUGUUGUAGUUCAUUGUUACUGUUGUUGUCGUGGGAAUCAUUCGGCCUAUUACAAUUUAUACUGAGAUAUAUUUUUCAUUUGUAUUAUUUUACAAAUAGCUCAUCUGUUUUAUUUCUUUGCAUCUUCAAAUUAAUAUUAUAUUUUUUAAUAUAAAUUUAUAUCUGUGUAUAACUGUUAUUAGUUUUGUAUAUAUUUGUAAUGCUCAUGACUUUUGUCAACUUUCUUCUGUAAUCAUACUUUAGUAAUAAUUGUAUGUGCUAAUUACUCUUUCACCCUAGUUAUUAAAAGAAGGUAUUUAAUAUUUGAACCAAAUUGUGGUUUCCUUUUGUUACUUAACUAAUACUAAAAGCUAAAUAAUGUACCUGUUUUGUGUUGUUUGUUAUUUUUUUGUCAGUUAUUAUACCUAUUUCUUUGUACAACUCUUGGUUAUAAAUUUAGUAAUUUACUCAAUUGUGAAUAUAUUCUUAAGUAUGUUUUUAUAUUACUGAGUAUAUUGUAAAUACAUGUUUUAUUAUUUAAGAAAAAUAAUUUAGCUUUUUAUUGCAAAUUAUGUUUUGAAAUUUUUAUAAAAUUUAGUUUUUUUUUUAUUAUGUUAGUUAUUUUUUAUGAUAGCACUUGACUAAAUUUUAUUUUGUAGGCAACCAAAGUGAAUAGACUUGGGCUUGCAGUUAGGUUCAGUGUCUGCUGCAUUAUUUUUGGUGAGCUAAUAAAUUGUGUUAUAAAAUAUAUGAUUUUAGUUUGACAUGUAUCUUACUAAUAGAUUUUUUUUUAACGGUAGAAUAGUUUAUGUUGCUAAUAUAACAUUAGUAUACUUCUUGAGCAUAUGCAUGGAAAUCCACUGUUUGGUUUCUGUAGCUAUUAUGCAGAUAUUUUCAGUUAGUUUUGUCUAUUACUGCAACAUUUUGAGCACUGCUGAUCUAGCAGACUAGUUACUUAACAUCUGGUUGUGUCACUGCGUAUCCCUGCCUUGUGUGUGCAGAAGAGUGGUGCUGGUUCAUAUUAAAUAUGCAUUGAAUAUUAAAUCACGGAGACUGUUCUUUUUCUGUUUUCGAUAAUAAAUUCUCAACGAAAGUCAAUCAAAUAAAAUUUUUUCAAUUUGAAUUAAUAUUUGAGUGCCUAAGAAUGUUAAUUUUGGUUAUAUAAGCUUACUUUAAUAGUUAGGAGUUACAUAUUCUCUUUUCUAAUAAGAAAACUGAAUAUCAAAAAUCAUACCUAUUCAGUCAUACAGGAUGAUCUGUAAUAUAUAACAUUAUGAGACUUCAAAAGUAAAAAUACAUAUUAUAUACAGAGGUGCCCACCCCCUAAACACUAUGACUCACCCCCCCCCCUAACCUAAUGAUAACCCCCCCCCCCCUAACCUAAUGAUAACCCCCCCCCCCCCCACGGAAUUUUUUUAUGCCAUUUUCUCGAUGAUUUACUCAAUUAUUUUAUAAUAUUUUACUUUUUUAGUAUUAUAUUUUAUCACAUUUUGCAUUAAUUAAAACUGAUUUUCUAAUAAUAAUUUUGGUCAUAUCAGGUAAUAUUUCCAUCCUGAACCGACAGAUGCCAAACUGCUUUUGUUGAGGAAAGUGCGGGGUUGCCAAUCUGAUUUACAAGAUCCCUUUCAAUUAUCAAAGCACCAGAAACGUAUUUUCACAUUAGAAGCUAUAAUUAUGUAAAUAAUAUAUACAUUUUUAUCGUCUUUUAACCACCCCCCCCCCCCCCCUGAAAUUUUAAUGACGCAGUCUGCGUCGUUACCCCCCCCUUGUGGGCACCCCUGUUAUAUAUGACAACUUACAAAUCAAAAUUACUUUAAAACUAGCUAUAAGAGUAGCCAGCUUCACAUGUUGUAUGAUUUUUUUUUUUACUUGUGUGUUCUGAAGUUAUGAUUUGAAAUUUGUAGGUAAGUUUUUUUUUGUUCUACAAGUAUUAUUAGUUUGCAAAGUAGGCCAACAAAUAAUUUUUAUUUAAAUACGAUUACCUUAGCCUAUAUAUGUAUAUUAUUUCCAUAUUUCAGAAAAAAAAAUAACUUUUAAUCAUUUUGGGGAAAACUUCAGUUUUGAAUCUAACAAAAAUAUUUCUUUUCAUUUUCCUGAAAAUAUUGACCAAUUAUUUAAUUUUAUAUAUAUUUAUUAAAGAAUACCAGCAUUUGCGCAACCCUAGUUUGUAUAUUUCAACCCAGCCACCAUACUGAAGCUAGAUGCACUAUGGUCAUUACAAUACUGGUGCAAUUUCAAUAGGGUACAGUAGUAGUAGGAGAAAUUCCUUUCCAUCCAAUCAAUUGACUUGUUCACAUUUAUUUCUGUACUGCUUACGCUUCCAUUAAUAUAAAUGUGCUUAAUGUGUUUUGUGCUGAGCUAUUUCAAAGUAUGUUUAACGGAAAUGGUAAUAAUUUUGCACUAUCUUCCUGCAGCCCGGUGGACUCACUGGUUCGACCAGACGGCAAGCUGUUAAAGUAAAGGGAGAGGUGGAAAUGUUGUUAUAGAACAGGACUACCACAUUUGUUAACUUGUUUUUUAUUGAUAACAAUCAUGAGUAUAAAUGCUUAAUACAUGCAUAACAAUGUAUGUGAACAAAGCGUGCUCUAUUAAGAUGCAAUAAAACAAUCGCAACAAGUCCGCAAGAAAGUUACAAAUAUAACAAGAACCGUUAUGAUGUGAUAAGUUACCUCAAUAAACGCAACAUGAAAACAAAUACUGAGAAUAUAGAAUAUGUUACAGUAAAAUAGAUUAUUAAAAUACAGCAGUAUUAAAGGAGUAUAAAACCCUGGCGGGCUACGCAGGCCAUAUAAAAAAUGAUUCAAACAAACAAAACAAUUUAGACAAUCAAAACGAAUAAUAUAUGGCCCUAAAUGUGGAGAUUCGGUGCGGCCAGGGGAGAGAUUACACUAGCCCAAUCUCUAUAUUGGCUCGCGCAGCAAAUGGCGCCUAUGGCGUUAAAGGCCAAAGACAAAACAAGCAAGAAAAAUGAAACUAAUCAAAGCCCCACAACAAAACAAGGCGGCCAAUAUCUUUGUGGCGUAAAGAAAAAGUAUGUUUACCAGUGGCAAUGCAAACCACGUAAGAAAACUGGCAGUAUAGCGAGACACAAACGGAAAUGCCCAGACUACAUCCCAAACGGCUAGAACAAACAUCGUGGCUGAUUAAAGUUAACUUUACAAGGGCGUAACAAAUGUAUGUAAAAAAAACCCACGGCCACAUCGUGCAAGAAAUGUAACGUUACAGUAUGCAAGUUACCGUCAUCGCAUCGCUGAUACUGACCAGUACACACUGCUCGAGAGCUCGCGGGCCCUUACAAGCACGACAUAGAGGGCGCUGGAGCUGCACUGCAGGGGAAGGAGCGGGCAUGCGGAGGGGAAUCCAACCAGCGGAAGAGGUAGCAGAGAGGGGGAAACGACGAAGGGAGGGGACGGAAUCGCUCAGCUGUACAGCGACGCAAGAAGCAUGUGCUUCGUUCCAAUGAAAAUUUGUAAUUUUAUGAAACCAAAUUCAUCAACUUUUUGCACAUGUGAGUGCGUUUAGAAUCAGGUACUGGCUAAGUCAUCCUAAAUAACACAGUAGCGUACUAGUACUAGGUCAGCUGUUCUCUGUUUGGGCCGUAUUGUAGUAAUGUCAUUGGCAGUAAUGUUCAUGUGUAAAGUGGUCAGUUGUUUAUGACCAUGUCCGCAUGUUCCUGGAACAAAGCAGUGGGUAGUCAUGCAUGUGCUGUUCAAUGCACAGCUUCUCGCACGCUGUGUGGCUGGAGAAACUAAUUGUCAAGUCUUGGAUACUUUUCUUUGACUGCUUGCAGUCACAAAAUAGUAAUAGUUUUGUUAAGAAUCUAUAAUUAACUAUGACUUCUUUUAGCCGCAAUAUGAGUUACUGAGUUACUUUUAUGGCCUAACAACUAUAACGAAACACGAAGUAUUACUUGCACAUAUGUGUUCAUGUUUACAUUAGCAAAAGUGUCGGAACAGUGCUUGGCUGUUUUGAAUUGUUAGUUAUUGAUAAGUUUUCUUUAGUUUUUUUUAAAAAAUAAACUUAAGAGAUUAUUAUUAAAUAAUCUAAAGUGUAAUGAAGUAUCCAGGACUAAGUUUGCUUCACUUGUGCCUUUUUCAACUAAACCCCAACAUUACUGUACGCUUAACAUUACAUUUCAUACUCCAUUGUUUUACUCUAGUCACUUUCAAGACAUCAGCAUUCAGCGCCUAGCCUGGAGUGUCAGUGUGAAUAUGUAAAUAUAAUUUAGUUUGUUACCUUGCAACGUUAUUCAAGUACGUAUUUAUUUAUAUACUCAGCGUGUUGGUGUAGUCGAAUAUGUACGGCAGUUAGGGCCUGGAAAAAUUAGCAUCUAUUUAUUACAUAAUUAGCAUUUAUGAUGUUGAAAAUUAGCAUCUAUUUUCCAGAAAUUAGCAUCUAUUUUUGAGAAAUUUGCAUAAGAUAUUAAAGUUACAUAACAAUACAAGAAGUUGUAAUAGUGUUUAUACCCAUUAUGACGAAUUUUAACACAAACCAAAAUCAUUAAACGGUAUUUGUAAACAAACGUUUGACCACUAGUAAUUUCAGAUGGAAACAAACUGACGAUUCGAGUUGACCAACUUCAGUACGCUAAACGUGCACCACAAAAUGUAUGAUUUGUCCCUAUGUAAAAUAUUGAUCAGAAAAAAAAAUUGAAGACUAAAGUGAUUAUCAACGAAUGUAAAAAACCGCGUACUAAAAUAUUUGUAGUAGUUUUCAGCAUUUAAAAUAUUUUCAUUUUUAUCUUUGCAAGUUCACUACGAUCCCGUCAACGACCUAGAUAUUUUCUAGGUUGUUGGUUUCCGUGAUGCGCUUCCCGGGAAAUUUUGUUUUGUUAGGUUAGAUACUCUUCAUGAACAGGCAACACACGAUGCAAUGGCGAACGUAGGCGAACGUGAUGUGAUCUAACAAAACAAAAUAACUGCGUCGAUAAGUAGUGUGAACAUUCUUUUCUAAACAACAUUCAACGGUAUCUUGAGUAAAUCGUAAAGAAUAAAUUUACAAAAUUACUUAUUCUAUACUAUCAUGCGUGAUAUUUGGUUAAGGAAUGUUUUAUAAAUAAAGGUUAGGAUUCGGAUUUUAUUCCUUCAACAAGCCUUGUCAGAAGCUAUUGUUUACGGUAAUUGUGUUAUGGUGGCUAUUUUCAAAAAAAAAUACUUUGAGGAAUGUGUGUUCAAGCCAUUUUGUUGCAUUCUAUAGUGGUUUUUCGCCCGAUAAUGGCAAUUUUACCGCGAUUUCGCAAAUAUAGCAUUUAUAACAACAAUUAGUAAAAAAUCGCAUCUAACCUCAAAAUUCGCAAAAAAAUCGCAUCUAUCGCAAAUUGCGAAUUUUUCCGGCCCCUAACGGCAGUUAAAAGUUGAAGUUCUGAUGGUGAUGUAUGUGUGGCUGAUAGAUAUGUUAAAGUGUUAAAUACUUAAGUGCAGUAAAAAGUUAAAUUUCAGUUGUUUUGUCAAGAGUGAAGGCAUUAGUAACACUUGGUACUGCUGUCUUCUCAUAUGUAGAGGUGCAUUUCGUGAAUUUUUGACCUUGAAACAACACACAUGUCCUGGAAUGUGUGUCUAUUCAGAGUGAGGGCGUACCGGUGUUGUGGUGAAAAUAUCGGUGGAAAUUAAUGGACGCCACCACAUGAGUGGGCACGUGGACCCGGCUGAAAGACUCUAUUCAGGGCGUUACGUGGCCCGUGUGCGGCGAGAUAUUAGCCCUCCAGAUGUUAUACGCAGCUCCUGUCCCUACCUAAGCCCGCUCUCAGCGUCGGGCACGCUUCUCCUCCGCGGUGGGCUCUCAGGGCGUCCCACACGCCGCUGACCAGGUUAAGGACCCACGUGGCUCCCCGAACACAAAACACGUAACACAGUUAAUUGGCUUUUAUUCUACUCACGGUACACGUCCUUACACGAUCCUCCACUGAUACAACUGUAAAACGCCCGAGGCACGAAUCCGAUUAGGUGAGGAGGCGAACCACGCACGUGGUCGCCUCAAGGCAGAGACACGUCCGCCCUCGGCCGGCGGGGGAGAGAGACUGGGCUGAGUUCAUCGCUUGCAGGUGGCAACAUGGCGCCCUUCGCGCCGAACACAAUUACCGUUACAAUUUAGCUGUAGCGUGCCCCGGGUUACUAUUAGAAAAUACAUAAAUCCCUUUACAAUAAUUAUUAAAUUACUUCCAUGUCCAGACCGUCUGUAAUAAUUACGUAUAAGCAUAAAACAUGAUUUAAAUGAGUUGCCUGCUAGUUCCUCCGUCGCCCGCUAGGGAGCGUCCUUGUUCGUGCUUGGACUUAUUAAAUAAUAAAAGACCAUGAAGUUAUUAAUUAAAAACACAUACAUGCAUAGCCAUCGUUACACUGUUUGGGGCGGAAAGAAAAAGGAUUACAAUAUUAAUUAAUAUAUUUAGGGGUGCGGUGCACUGCAUCUAAGCGCCCUCUUGCCGGGCUAGAAACACACACACACACACACACACACACACAGGCACGAGCGGGAGGUUUUAACUGAGACGGUGGUUGGGCGGUGUCAUAUCGAGCUCAAAGGGGCCGCAGGCCCGGACGACGUCAAGAGAUGAUGACGUCAAGAGAUGAUUUAUGAAUGGCUCUAAAACUUUGACUUGCAAAGGGAGAAGUUUUGUGACCUCUUGCUUACUCAAAGACAAUCCCAGCUUAAUAUAAAAGUAGCUAUUGCUUAUCAAGCACAUUCUUUAGAAUGUAAUAGAAUGUAAUUUUGGUUUCAUGCUUGUCUUCCUACCACAAUACCAACCACACAGACAACAAAUACAAAGCUGAACAGGCAGGCAAACAUGACAAAUAGCCUGUUUCCAGCAUAUGUUGUCAUACAGUUAGGUGUUUUAAAAACCUUUCACCAAUCUGAGCUCUACUGAUGAUGUGAAGACUGUAUAUUCUAGGCAGAAUUGUUCACAUUUGAAGUUUUACUAAACAUUUUACGUAUAUUAUCAGUUUUAGGGAGGUUACUUGGUAUUAUAAAAAAUUUUAAUCAACUUGUUUUCAGUUUUUCCAUCUUUUUGCAAAAUUAACACCCAAACAAUUUUUGUUGUUUAUUUUAAAUUUUAACGUCAUAAAAAAAUGUUUCAAACUUGAGUUAAGUGUAUAAACUAAUCUGUAACUACUUAUCUGAAAAUGAAUAUCAGAAUUAUUGUUUUUAAAAAAUUUCCUUUAGAUACUGUACAUACAUAUUUAUAAUUAUGAUGUGUAAACAUCUUAGCUUUUGUUAUACAUCAUUCGGUUAGAGUAAUUUUGUGAUAAUAGUUCGGAAAUCGACGAACGGAAAUGUAGAACAAAGAGGGCGGACAUACGUACAGCAACAUAUACCCACAUAGUCACUUACGUAAAAUAUUAGGGUACAUACCAAAUGUUUUGGAGUGCCAAAUGAAACUGACAAGAUUCAAAGAUUCACAUCUCAAAAUUCAUCAUAACUCCCCCAGGCAGAUAAUCCCGUUAGGGCAUGAUCCCGGUCAGGAGAAAGAUGGUUCUUUUACAUGCCAAGCACUGUUUCCAGAGACUGACAUGGGUUUCUAAAAACCGAGAAAUAGAUACGCCAUUUCCAAUCGCGGCAUGUUACUGGGGAGUGCCCAGCUAGGUCGAGAGGUUGAGGGAACCCAUCCCAACUUCGGCCCCACCAAAACACCCCCAGCUCCGCCGUCCACCCUCUGACCUCCAACAGAGCCAGCCCCCUCUGAGGGAUCUGAGUAGCAACGACACGGAACCAUACCUCUCACAUCCCUGGGACCCCUCGGUCACCCAGUUACUCGUGAUCCAGCUGAGGCCUAUCCAACCUCUACUAGCUCAGCAGGCUAGUACCCGAGCUUAAGUAGCUCAACACUUCCACUCGUCAACAGGGCGGGGACCCUUCGGAGUGUUCUCCAAGCAUAGGAGGACCACAACCACCACGUUUCCUACUCCAAUCCUGAUCCUGAGCCAUUUGAGGAAAUCUCAGCAGGGAACUAUCACAGUAAAGGAUCAGUCCCAUGGCACCCUUCAUCUUCAGGUAUAGUGCUUUCCCAGGCAGCCUCAUAGCGGGAGAGCACCCCCUAAUCCGGACUUGGAUGUCCUCGGGUACUUCAAUAUCAGCAUUUCCCCCGCCCAAAGGUUACAGCUUUGCCAGAGCCCGGGUAGGUAUGGUAACACCAUACCAUGGAUUGCCUUAAUUGCCGACCCUUGGACUAUCCACCGCCCGAAGGUUACAGCUUUGCCAGAGCCCGGGUGCCCAGACAGGGAGCGAAACCCCGCCACGCUGCCGCCCUUCGCUGUUCCAUAUGCAUACUGGAUUCUUCACUUUGAAUCCGAUGCUUUGAGACACCACCUAGGGUUUGGGGGUCCAAAACCCCCCAGUGGACUUUCUGCAGGGGCAAGUCGUAGUCACCUACCCCCAACUUACUGAUCCACCAGAAUUCCCGUUCCGACAUACCGAGGAAGUCAGAGGAGUGGGCACCCCCGGCAAUUGCCCAUAUUUGUUUAAACACUGGCGCCACGGGAAGGCUAUGGGUUGCCGUAAGCGGGAGAGGCUAUAUAUUCGCAUCACACGCCCUUUUUGGGUCUUGCAGAGAGCUUCACUCGGAUACUAGAGCCGACUACAGCUCCGACACUUCAUAGGUCCGCUCUUCAUCCAACAAGGUUGACGGGAAACCCCGUUGGACGCAAGACCCUUAAGCCAGCAAAAUGAAACUGACAGUGAAACUACCCAGGAACAUAUUUAUAAUUAUUGCUUCUUGAAGUUUUAGCUUGUGUCUUGUUACCAACUAUGUUUAUUAUGUUCGCCAAGAUUUACAAAGUAGGCACAACCUAUAUUUAAACAUAUUCUUCCUUUAUUCUAUGUUUCUGUCACAAGUCAGUUUUAUUUAUUCAUUUUGACUCCAGUAUUAAUUGGCAUGUUUUAUUUAUUAUUUCAUACUUGUCAAUUGUUUUGCAUGAAAAACCUUGUGCUUAAUUUUUGCUAUAAAAAUGAGGUUUUUCUUUAUUUAUUUCUUUCCAACCAUUGAGACAUGGCAUGGCAUGGAAUAACAGAAUAAGCCAACAAAGCUUCCACAGCUUGCCCACACCGUGUGCACCAAGGCAUUGCAGCUGUUCUGAAACCACCUGUAGCACACCAAGUGCACUAACUCCCUGCCUACACAAACUGCAUCAUAACUGUUUCAAAACUACCCGAAACACAUCAAAUGCACUGACUUUAUGAGAAAAAUUUUUCCAAAAUUUCAUUGUUAAAUUACUUUCAAAAAUAAAAUAACAUUAAUUUUCUUGGUUUUAACAAACAUGUAGGCCAUCUAUUAUUAUAAACACAACUAUAUUUUUCAUAAAAUAGUGAAAGAAAAUGAAAAUGCAACCAAGCCAAGAAAUGUGACCAGUUGGUAACAACUUUCUCUUCGAAUGUCUGCUGUCUGCUGUUGGAGAUUUCUGGAGUUUUGUUCCUCUCAAUCGCUUACAUAUUUCAAAUAUUCGUAGGGAUGUUUACUGAAGCCUUGAUAUUUAUACUGAAGAUAAUCAUCUACUCAGUGUUGUGGCUCGCAGGCGGCUGCUGAAUGCUCAUGUGUCUAGCCGGAGUCCCUGUGAUUUGUGAGGCUAGUGUUUAUAUUUUCAACUUUAUUUACUUUCAAAGGGGAUGCUGUUUGUAUUAUUUAAUGUUGCUAAUAAAUUGGUUGUGCUAAUAGUAUAAAAAUUGUUUUUAUGUUUUUUUCUUUAAACUGUAAGUGGUCCAGAAUCAAGCACUUGCAUAUAGUGUUUAUUUUUAAAACUGUAAAUACUACUUAUUUACUGUAACAUGCAUUUUUGUUUUCAUAUAUCAUAUUUUGUAUUUAUUGUAGGUCAUUUCUUAUGCGACAAAACAUUUUCGAUAAUAAUUUGUGGGACAGCUAGAAAUAAUUAUUUGUGUACUUUAUCACAUUAUUUAUUUGAAUGUGAUUAAUAAAUUUUCAUUUCAUAUGAAAUCUGCAAGUGUUUGAAAACAGGCUAACUUUCAUUAAAACAUUUUUUUUGUUACAAAAUGUCUUUUGUAAUGUAAGUUAUUUUUGAUAUUAAUAGCACACAGAUAAUGUGUGUUUUGGACACAUGUGAAUGUGAUAAGUGUAAACAUUAUUCGAAAAUAUAUAUUAACUUACAUGUUUGUGGUUUAGAUUUUAUAUGAAUGUUACAUGUGUGUGAACUGUCACUCCACAUGAUGUGCCUCGUACAGUGUGGACUGCUGGGCUCCUGUUCUGUUUCUGCGUCGGAGGAGACCCACCGUGUGUCACUUCACUUUGCUGCGUCUCACAAGUAUCAUUUAGGCUGGUGUUGCACACAAUAAUAAGGCGUUUUGUUUCUUAAACAUAUUCCUAGAGUGUGAUAGGACACGGCCAGUCCCUUAUUUGUCCCAUCCAUUGCCAAUCUGUUGCCCAAAUUCCACGCAUGCGCACAGCUCAUUUUUUUGUUGAUUUCGUCCAGAUGGCUGAACCGCAUCUGGUGCCAUUAACUCAUGUAUAGUCAUUUUUGUGAUUAUCGGAGGAGGUACCAAGCGUGUUGGUGCACCAAAUUAAACUUCAUGAUAGCGAAACUAUACUGGAAUACAUUUCAUACACAAAAAUAGUCAUAACAAUAAAUAAUUGCAACUUCAAAAAUUACUGGAAAAAUAUAAAGACUGUUCUAUUUUUAUAUUAUAGUGCUGCUAUCUCUUAAUAUUUUUUGCCGGAACAAUUGUAUCGAUGGUUGUUUAAAGUCUACGUGAAUGUGCUAAAACCAGAUUCUAGACUGGUGUAGGGCACUGUUUAUUUCCUUUCCCGAAAUCGGUUUGGACACAUUCUAGAAUACGGCCUGUGUGUAAGGUUACGGUUGUGUCCCAUCAAGGCAGUGCUUGUUCGCUAUCUUACCCGAACGCCUCGGAGUACCGCUUUUAGAGAUUUUAUUUUUUUAUGUCAUUUUACUGCAUGAUUAUUUAGCAGUGUAAAUAAUACAUGCUGUUCAGUUUUAAAAUCUAGUGAGAUAAGGUUUUGAAGUGUCCAAAUAGCUCUCAACGACCAUGAAUCCUCAGUGGUACGAUGUUGUUUCAGUGCAGUUGCUUGCGUUGAAGAUGACGAGAGUAUGCAAUGUCGAAAUUUUCUUGCAUCUUAUAAUUGUAUAUUUAACCCAGUCAAUUCUCUUAAUAUAGAUAAGUUAAAUAAACAAUACCAGGUAAUUUAAGUAAAUUAAAAAUAAUUUUUGGGCUUGUGGUUAUUUCAGAAAUAUUCAAAUACACUAUUUCUUUUAACUUACAGGGCAAGUAAUAUUUGAGCUCUUAAUUUUUUUUUUUUUUUUUUUUUUUAAAUUUUGGUUUUUGUGGCAAUAUUUGUUUAGUCUUCAUUGAUUUAAAGCUUACUUCCUCAUAUGUAAUUGGCAAACUCUAAAUUUUUAACAUUAUCAUCAUUGAAAAAUGAACAAAUUUUAUUAAAUGUGUAUGUGCUGUGCCCAUCACUAAACUCAUAGGCUGUUGGUGGGCAUGUUACUAACUUGAAUCAAUAAAAAAUGAAUCCUUAAAUUUUUGUAUACAAUAAUUAUUAAUUGAUUAUUAAUAAUAAAAUGUGUAAUAUGUUCAAAAUAAUUGAAUUCUGUAUGAACACAAUGCCCAUAUUCACACAUCUCUGAUAUUACAUUUUCCUGCAUAUCAAUCAGUAUUUUGCCAUUUUUUAAAUUUUUUCUUUUUUAGUUUUAUUCAUAGGUAAGAAUAAUUUUACAAUGUGAAAAUAACCUUAUUUACAACAUGUUUCAGUUUGUAUUAUGCGUAGCUGAUUUCAAUAUAAAUUGGAGUACUAAUGCUAUUUUAAUAAGGCCGCAUUCUAGAAAGUGUCCAAACGAUUCCCAGAAAGGAAUAAACAAUGCCCUACGCGAGACUAGAAUUUGGUUUUAUCGCAUUCUACUUUUAUUUUCCACCUUUUCUUCCAUUCUGCACCCAACUGAACUGGGACUAACCUUAUUAAUCUACAAAGAUACUGACGGAGGAACAGUUACUGGUGGCUGGCUGUCUACUGUGUACAUUGCAUAUGUAUUGUGUGUUUUCUUAGAGUUGGCGACAAUAACUCGAACAGAAAUUUUUUUAGCUUAGACUAACAUAUAAAAUUAGAUGUAUUGAAUAAUAUUAAAUGUUAUGUGAUUUUUUCUAAGUACAUUGGUGAAUACCUUUUUGUUUUUACUGUAUUUGUGUUCUCUUCAAAAAUGAAAAACUGAUAAAAAAAAUUGAUUCAGUAAUGUGGUAGUAUUUUUAACCUGAAAUUUCAGCUUAUGUUACAAUGUAUCAUACAAAUAGUCUUGAUUGUUUGAAUUUAUGCUGACUUUAAAUUUAAUGAAUUGAAUAUUUAAAGUGAUAUUUGUAGCAUAGUUGAAAAUGAUUUGUAGUUUUCAAGUUAACAAUACAUUCCUGGCAUCAUGGCGUGCGAUCACAAACAUUGUUGUGUAAGUUAAUGAAAUAAGUUGUGUGAUAUUGUUUCAAAAUAAAACAAAUAUUUUAUGUGCAUGUGUGAUUGAAAAUAAACCACUACUUGUUCAGUAGGAAAUUAUGUUUGUAAUUGUUGUAACAUUUAGAAGCUAAGCAAUAAAUACAGAAUAUUA